UCUGCCUAACUCUGAUUGGCCGGCUCGCUCCUCUGUCCAAUAGGCGGCGUCGGUGCUGGGGUGCUCGGCCAAUGGGCGGCCGCCGUGUUGCGGGGUGGGGAGGUGGAAGUGGCUGUGGAGGCGCCAUGGGGGUGAAGCUGGAGAUCCUGCGGAUGUUCCUCUAUUUGUCCUUCCCUGUUGGCGUUUUCUGGGUCUCGAACCAGGCGGGGCCGUUCCAGGGGGGCGUGGUCAAGCGCAAGAGGGAGAUUUUUCCGCCCGACGACCCUGAGCGGCGCCGGGUCCUGGCUGAGCUGAAGCGGCGGCUGCGGGAGGGGACCCGAGACUGAGGGGACACGGGGACAGCGGCCACCCCCAGCGUGUGACACCGCGGCCGUGACACCGGGGACACGUGGCAGCUCAACGUGGCUUCGCGGUGACACCGGGGACACGCGGCUUCGUCCUGGCGCCGUCACUGUCACUGUGGUGGUGACAAGAGGGGACAUUUGACUACAUUUGUCACCGUGGCCGUGUCCCGAUGCCACCACCAUGGCCGUGUUGGUGACAAGAGGGGACAAAGGGGACAGGUGGCUUCAUCCUCGUGCCAUCGCCAUGGUCACAUUGGUGACAAGAGGGGACAAAGGGGACAGGUGGCUUUGUCCUCAUGUCAUCGCUGUGGCCACGUUGGUGACAAGAGGGGACAAAGGGGACAGGUGGCUUUGUCCUCAUGUCAUCGCUGUGACCGUGUUGGUGACAAGGGGGACAGUGACUGCCACCUGAUGCCAUCACUGUGGCCACACGGGUGACAAGAGGGGACAAAGGGGACAGGUGGCUUUGUCCUCAUGUCAUCGCUGUGACCAUGUUGGUGACAAGAGGGGACAAAGGGGACAGGUGGCUUCAUCCUCGUGCCAUCGCCAUGGUCACAUUGGUGACAAGAGGGGACAAAGGGGACACGCGGCUUCAUCUUCGUGCCAUCGCUGUGACCGUGUUGGUGACAAAGGGGACAGUGACUGCCACCUGAUGCCAUCGCUGUGGCCACAUUGGUGACAAGAGGGGACAAAGGGGACAGGUGGCUUUGUCCUCAUGUCAUCGCUGUGACCGUGUUGGUGACAAAGGGGACAGCGACUGCCACCUGAUGUCAUCGCUGUGGCCACGUUGGUGACAAGAGGGGACAAAGGAGACAUGUGGCUUUGUCCUCAUGUCAUCGCUGUGACCGUGUUGGUGACAAAGGGGACAGUGACUGCCACCUGAUGCCAUCGCUGUGGCCACAUUGGUGACAAGAGGGGACAAAGGGGACGUGGCUUCAUCCUUGUGCCAUCGCCAUGGUCACAUUGGUGACAAGAGGGGACAAAGGGGACACGUGGCUUCAUCCUCGUGCCGUCGCCAUGGUCACAUUGGUGACAAGAGGGGACAAAGGGGACAUGUGGCUUUGUCCUCAUGUCAUCGCUGUGACCGUGUUGGUGACAAAGGGGACAGCGUCUGGCACCUGAUGCCAUCGCUGUGGCCACACGGGUGACAAGAGGGGACAAAGGGGACAUGUGGCUUCGUCUUCGUGUCAUCGCUGUGACCGUGUUGGUGACAAAGGGGACAGCGACUGCCACUUGAUGCCAUCGCUGUGGCCACAUUGGUGACAAGAGGGGACAAAGGAGACAUGUGGCUUUGUCCUCAUGUCAUCGCUGUGACCGUGUUGGUGACAAAGGGGACAGUGACUGCCACCUGAUGCCAUCGCUGUGGCCACGUUGGUGACAAGAGGGGACAAAGGGGACAUGUGGCUUCAUCCUCGUGCCAUCGCCAUGGUCACAUUGGUGACAAGAGGGGACAAAGGGGACAUGUGGCUUUGUCCUCAUGUCAUCGCUGUGACCGUGUUGGUGACAAGGGGGACAGUGACUGCCACCUGAUGCCAUCGCUGUGGCCACACGGGUGACAAGAGGGGACAAAGGGGACAUGUGGCUUUGUCCUGAUGCCACCGCUGGGACCGCGUUGGUGACAAGGGACACGCGGCUGCGUCCCGGUGCCACCGCCGCAACAGAGGGGACAUCUGGCCGCAUCUUGUCACCGCGUCCGUGACAUGGGGACACGUGGCCGUGUCCUGAUGCCACCACAUGAGUGACACGGGGACACGUGGCCGUCCCCAUGUCCCUGCUCUGGUAGCGUCACCAUCCUUGGAGGGGACAAUGCCACCCGCGGUGUCCCCAACGCCAAUAAACAGUGCUGGUAUUGUCA